ACGAAGUGAGUACAAUCACCAGCUAAUGAUUUAAGAAUAACGUUUAUUAAGGUUAUUAACACCCAAGGAAAUUGAAUCGUUGUCAUGACAAUGAGUAAUUUUCAAUAAUCAAAACAAACACUAACUAUUUACAAGUACUUCUUCAAGAGGAAUCAGUUAAUUGUCCCAAAUUUUAAGUUGGUAUUUUAAUUAAUUUCCAAGCCAAAUCUUUGUCAAUCUCUACUAAUUAUUGUUAUGAGUGUGAAAUGGUGAUGAUCGAUUAAAUGAUUAAUGAUAGUAAAGUUAAUGAUCACCAUGAAACUGGUAAAAGUGAGAAACCUAUCAAAUCGGAUUUUAUUCAAUCCACUGCGAAUAAUUCCAGUGCUAAAUCGAGGAUAUCAUCAUGUUCGUCCUUAUCUUCAUCUUCUACAGUAUUUUCUACUACAACAACAGCAACUAAAUCAUCCUCAUCCUCAUCCUCAUCCUCAUCCUCAUCCUCAUCUUCAUCUUCAUCCUCUUCCUCAUACAAAAUCGGUAAAAUUGAAACAUCCAAAGCGAGAUCAAGAAAUUUUAUCUUUGGUGCAAUUGGACAUGAGGGAUCACUAUUGGGUGGAGAUGAGCUGAAAACCGUUUUACCACAAGGAAUUAGUUCAGUUUAUUUGGUUACUUGGAAUAUGGGAAAUCGUCCUGGUCCAGAAAAUUGGAAUGAAAUACUAUUACCAAGUGAAGGUCAAGGAUCUGAAUAUUUGGCCGAUAUUUACGCCAUCGGUACUCAAGAAACACCUACAACAACCUCAACUGGCGGUUCUAAUGGAAUCCGAGACUUAACUGUUAACCUUCAAUCGACUUUGGGUCCAUCUCAUGUUUUGCUUCAUUCAGUUUCACUUGGAGUCCUCUCGCUUUACAUUUUUAUCCGUCGCGAUCUAAUCUGGUACGUGUCGAUUCCCGAAGAUGAUAGUUACAAUUCCCGUUCAAAGGCAACCAACAUGGUAAAAACCAAAGGAGCUUUGGCCAUUUCAUUUACUCUCUUUGGUACCAGCCUGUUAUUUAUCAACUGUCAUCUUCCCGCUCACCCAAAUCGUAACCAAGAUCGUAUUGAUGAUUAUGUUAAAAUUUGCCGAUCCCUUGAUUUACCUCGUAACCUGAGACCCUUGAAGCCUUCAUAUCAAUCUGUUAACGAUGUCACCUCUCGAUUUGAUUUUGUCUUCUGGUUUGGUGACCUUAACUUCCGGAUUGAACAAAAUUACACCGAAGCCUUGAAAAUGUUAACCAAAGCAAGUUUAACAUCUUUCGAACUACUUCUUCAUGAUGAUCAACUUCGAAAGGCUCUGAAUAAAGGUGAUAUUUUCCAUGGAUUUAAUGAAGCUUCAAGCAUCUCUUUUGCUCCAACCUACAAAUAUCGUAUUGGAUCAGAUGGAUUUGAUUUACUCUCUGAACGAGUUCCAAGUUACACUGAUAGGAUUUUGUACCGAGUUAAAACUAAUCACAGGAAAAAAAGUUCAUCAUCAUCAUCUGAUCAUCAACAUCAAUGCUCAAGUGGAAGCAACAGAAAUCAAAUAGAUAAUAAUAGUAGUCAAGAAAAUGCAAUUAAAAGGAUAAACAAUCAAGUUAAUUGUAUCACCUAUGAUUGUGUUACAUCAAUUAAAACUUCUGAUCAUAAGCCAGUUUACGCUCUGAUUGAGAUACAUGUUAAACCAGGCAAAGAUGAUGCUCCAUUAAAUGCUGGAUUAUUUAACAGAGACAUUUAUCUGGAAGGUUUAAAGAGACGAGGCUCAGAGCAUCCACACGUUGAUCACCAUCAACAUCAUCAACAACAUCAUCAAUCCAUCUCGAAGACAAAUAGUAAACAUCAUGGUAAACAUAAUAAGCAUAAUGAGAAAACAAAAUCAGGUAAUAAACCUGUUGAUGAACAAGAAGAUAUUGAUUCACUAAUUAAGGAUAUUCCAAGUGCUGUUUGCUCAUUAACUUAAUCAAAUUAAUUAUCUCCACCACCACCACCACCAACACUAUCAUCAUUAUCAUCAUUGAGAACAUGAAUUUUGUUUCAUCUUCAUUAUAAGUUUUUUUUUGUAUUCUUUUUUUUCAAUGAUAUUUAUUUUUACCGUUAUGUUUAUAUUCAAUAUUGAAACAAUUGUAACUGAAUUACAAGGCAAUUAAAUUAACAUUAUUUUCACUUGUUAUUAAAUUACAAUUUGGUUUCUCCAAAAACAAUUUAAGAAAAUAAAUAAAACCUU